GUGACCUCCAUUUUUUGGUGACCCACAAUUUCCAUCCUUCAAUUACCUCCUCCUCAAACAACACCCACGAUCCCCUGCUCCCUCCUCCGGCCAUGGCUUUCGCCGGUGAUUUCGUAGUCUACAACGAGGAAGAAGAUCUCGACGACGAAAAUGACUACGACGAAACCCUGGAUGCUCCCCCCAAUGUGAUUGACGACGGUGACGAUGACGUCGACGACGAUGGAUCCGCUUCCUCCUCCAAUCUCGCCGCCGAUCCACUCCCCCAGUCCUCCGUUCACCCACCGACGCCGUCUUCCUCCUCCAAGCCGAGUCCGGGUGUAGUCACGAUCGCGGUAGCCGGCGUCUCCAACGGCCCCUUCCGCCCCGAUCUGAAGCGACAGCGGAUCGAGGACGGUGUUAGGGUCGCCACAUCGGAGGAGAAGAAGCCGUUUGCAGGCUGGGAUGAAUCUCGGAAGCUCUUUCAACGGCUGUGGACCGACGAGGACGAAAUCGAGCUGCUGCAGGGAUUCCUCCAAUACACCACGCAGCGCGGGGCCACCAACUCGUCGCACCACCACCACGACACGGCGGUGUUCUAUGACCAGAUCAAGAGCAAGUUGCAGCUCGAUUUCAACAAAAGCCAGCUCGUCGAGAAGCUCCGGCGCCUGAAGAAGAAGUACCGCACGGUGGCGAGCAAGAUGGUCGACGGAAAAGAGUACGUCUUCAAGAGCACUCACGAUCAGGCCACCUUCGAGAUCUCGCGGAAGAUCUGGAGCAACACCGACUCUGCCGUCCGCGGGACGCCCACAGCCGCCGUGGAUGACGGCGCGUAUGAUGAUCUAGAUGCAACAAACCCUAGCCACACCCCCAAUUUCCUCGAACAAAUUGCCAACUAUACCCCCAAUGGAACCGACUCAAAAACGCCUAGCAAAUCAAGGAAACGAUCAGCAGGAGCACCCAUUACCCCUAAGCUGGAAGAAAAACAAACCCUUCUUCCUCCACAGCUCUGCCAUCCCCCAAACCCAACACCGGCUGCUACUGCCACGGCCGCCCCGCCCAGUCCAAAGGCCAAUGCUUCCAGCACACCGCCAUUCAAGGCGGUGACUCUCACACCAGCCGCCACCCCACAAAUCACUGGCCCUUCCAUUCCAGGCCUGAUCGAGGAGACAAUGAAGAGCUGCCUGUCUCCAAUACUCAAAGAACUGAUGACCAAUCACUCCGGGUCGAGAGGGUUCGGGUUCGGGCUCGGGCUACCCGCAUUCAGCCCGAUGUCGCUCGGGUUUGGAAUCAACAGCACCAUGAGCCCGGAUAAAUUGAUGGCAGACAAAUGGAGAAGGCAAGAGAUGCUGGAAUUGGAAGUGUACUCAAGGAGAUUAGAGCUGGUGCAGGAUCAGAUCAAGGAACAACUGGAGCAGCUGAGAUCCAUGGGAGGUUGAUGAUGGAGAAAAGACGACUAUCCUGCCCUUCCUCUCUUUUUUUUCUCUUCUUUUAAUUUAACAGAACAAAUAAUAAUCCAUUGUAUUUCCCAUAGUAUAUUCCUCCUCCAUUGUAUCUUACAUAUACUUUGCAAUGUGAGUGAGAGAUGAUAAGAGUGUGGUGGAUGAAUGUCAAGAAGUGUGCUGGCUCCCCUCUCCAUAUAAACUUAGCUCUAUGAAGGACCUAAUGGGGGUUAGAAAUCUGCCAAUGAAGGAAGUCUUGUUUGGAUCAUUUAUAGAUUGAUUGAUUUACAUUGCAAUGUGGUCUUGCAUUCUAAUGG